CUGGGCGGGUAGAUCUGAGAAGCUGAGGGGGUGGUAGCGGCGGUGGGGCGACACCGUGCGUGUGCUCAGCUCCUCACGCCGUGGCCGGGUCUGCCUUCUUCCUCCCGUCCCCGAGUGCGGCCACACCGCCUUCCUCCGCGCCGCGCGGCUUCCUCUAGACCUCUCGGCGCGGGUGAGCCCUGUUCCCAGAGGCAGCUUGUGUGGACCCUGUAACCCUAAAGAGGAUAUUGCUGACUGAGCUCAGCCUCGGAAAUGAUGAAAAUGCCUGGCCUGCAUUGUUGUUCAGCCACCGGUAAUUGAAGUAAACUCUGAUAUCAUGUGUUCAUUGUCAGAUUGUAGUAGAAGCUUUGCCAUCUAGGGGCGUGUAAGAAGUCAAAGUGUACAUUAAGCAAAUACAAGAACUGAGAAAUAUCCGUUCAGGACAGAAUUGGGGUGCCGGGUUGUCAGCUACCACAGCCUUCACCAGGAGAAGUGGGGCGAAUGGGCAGAUCAUCUGACCAGUGCCAACCUGUGCAGCAGAGCGGCCGCGGGUCUGCAGUUCCUCCAGGAUCCAGGGCAGGAUGUCAGCUGCAAAAGUCUCGAGAGCAAAAGCCACUGGGCUGGCCCUGUGUGACUUGGAGAGGACAGGACAGGAGGCAAAGAACUAGGUGCCUGGGAGCCAUUAGAUCAAGAAUUGGCAACUCAUCACACAUCAAAUAAAUCAAAAGAUUUCUGAGAAAUGCAAAAAACAUCUCCAGCGUGAGGAAAGCAGACCUAAAUUGGGUGGGAAGAAAGAAAGGGAGCUUAUUUUAAGUCUUCCCCAGACUGGGCUCUGAACUUUUAAGCCCAUGUGCCGCAGUGCUCCUUCAGCUUCUGCUGGUCCAUCUCAUGCCAUUUACAGAGUGCUGUCUCAGCCAUUAUCUCAUUGGCUACACAUAACAACUUGUGGGAUAGACAGAGCCUGCUUUACAGAUGGGUAAACUGAGAGCCACAGAAGGUGGCCACCAUGUCCUUGAAGAUCCAGACAAGCAACAUAACCAACAAGAACGACCCCAAGUCCAUCAACUCUCGGGUCUUCAUUGGAAACCUCAAUACAGCUGUGGUGAAGAAGUCAGACGUGGAGACCAUCUUCUCCAAGUAUGGCCGUGUGGCCGGCUGUUCUGUGCACAAAGGCUAUGCCUUUGUCCAGUAUGCCAACGAGCGCCAUGCCCGAGCAGCUGUGCUGGGAGAGAAUGGGCGGGUGCUGGCAGGGCAGACCCUGGACAUCAACAUGGCUGGUGAGCCCAAGCCCAACAGACCCAAGGGGUUAAAGAGAGCAGCAUCUGCCAUUUACAGUGGCUACAGCUUUGACUAUGAUUACUACCGGGACGACUUCUACGACAGACUCUUCGACUAUCGGGGCCGCCUGUCACCAGUGCCUGUACCCAGGGCUGUCCCCAUGAAGCGACCCCGUGUCACAGUCCCUUUAGUCCGACGUGUCAAAACCACCAUUCCUGUCAAACUCUUUGCCCGCUCCACAGCCAUCACCACCAGCUCAGCCAAGAUCAAAUUAAAGAGCAGUGAGCUGCAGGCCAUCAAGACAGAGCUGACGCAGAUCAAAUCCAACAUCGACGCCCUGCUAGGCCGCUUAGAACAGAUUGCUGAGGAGCAGAAGGCCAACCCAGAUGGCAAGAAGAAGAGCGACAGUGGCAGUGGUAGUGGCAGCGGCAAUACUGGUGGCAGCAACCGGCCCCCAGUCCCCCAAGAAGACACAGUUUCUGAAGCAGGCACACCCCAGAGAGAAGCACAAGCUCCAGACGAUGGCGAUGAGGAGGGGCUGCUGACGCACAGCGAGGAAGAGCUGGAGCACAGCCAGGACACAGAUGCAGAGGAUGGGGCCUUGCAGUAAGCAGUCUGACAGGAGCGAUGGCCAUCAGCAGGAGAAGGGUGUGCACUGUACCGGGCCUCAAGCUGGGCACCCACCCCUGGAUGCCACCCCAGCA